AUGGCGACGCCAGAGUUCGAGACCUCUAAAACGUUCGUGUGGUGGGACAUGAACAGCUGUCCGCUCCCACUUGGUUAUGACCCAAGUCGAGUCGGUCCGAGAAUAGACACGGAGUUGAAGAAACUAGGCUACAACGGUCCACUCACCAUCAUUGGCGUUGGCGACCUGGAAGGAGUCCCUCAUGGCUUUCUAAACAAUCACUCUUUUUCAUUUAUUUUUUUUUUAAAUUUUAGAGCACAAAAUUUAGAUUUUCAACUGGCAUGCAGGAUCCAACAUGAUUGA